UCAGUGUUCAAAACUACUUCAGUUGAAAACAAUACAAAACUUCAUCCUUACAAAAUGUCUCGUUUCCAAAUUGUGAGCGCUUUGGCUUUGCUAUUCAUCUGUGGAGCUACUGCCGUGGACGUGAAUAACAUAUGUGGUUUGGUCCGGAAUGGCAUGAAAAUUGCUACCGGCGAAUUGUGUAAUCAAUAUUAUUCCUGUUCCGAUGGAGUAGCCACUUUAAUGAACUGCUCCAAUAGUUAUUAUUUCGAUAAGGAUAUGCAGAUGUGUAUGCCACCAUCCAAAGUAAAUUGCACCAAUGAUGCUGGCAACACUGACGAAACAAUCAAUUUGUGUACUUACAUAAUGAAUGGCAUGCAUUUCGGUAGUCCUGUCUCUUGCAGCGAUUGGAAUAUUUGUAAAAGCAAUAUCAUGUCUACUGGUAGUUGCUCUUCUGGGCUCUACUAUAAUGUGCACAAUGGCAAAUGUGAAGAUCCUGCUGAUGUUUCCUGCUCACAGGUCACUAAUGGUAUAAAAAUUUAAAGUGGAAGAUUUUUAUUUAAGCGGUUAUGAUAUCGUCCACGAACUCAGUUCCUUGUUAAUUCGUCC